AUGUCGUCGCUGCUGUGGAACACCACCGCCGAUAGCUGCUACUUUCGCCGACCAUCUCCGAACGACCCAUUGAGUGUAAGUCGAAAACGAAGUAGCAAAAGGGCCGAUUUUACGACGGGUAGUCGACGAGAAAAGGCGAUUUUGUCAUUUUGUGCGACUCUGCCACUCCGCCGUGUCCUCUCCUUACCUCCUUCGGUCGCUCCGGUGACUGCUGAAACCCUAGCUGUUUUCGCGCCUUUGAUCGUCUCCGGAUUUUCUGUGCCAUGGAAAGCUCUGAUGACGAGAAAGAUGGUGCCAAUGAUUGAAGAACAAUUAGCCAUUUUUAUGUUCAUUGUUGGCCAUAACCUUAGAACUCGAGCAGUUCAGGAGCUUUUUAAGUACUCAGGGGAAACAAUCAGUCGCCAUUUCAACAAUGUCUUGAAUGCGAUUAUCGCCAUUUCUUUAGACUUCUUUCAGUCUCCAAGUUCUGAAAUUCCUCCAGAAAUCCGAGAUGAUCCAAGAUUUUACCCUUAUUUCAUGGAUUGUGUGGGAGCUGUAAAUGGCGUACAUUUUCCAGUGAUUGUGGGUGUAGAUGAACAAGGGCCUUUUCGUAAUAAACAUGGUGUUCUUUCACAGAGUGUUCUUGCUGCUUGUUCAUUUGAUAUGAAGUUUCAUUAUGUUUUAGCUGGUUGGGAGGGCUCAGCAUCAGAUAUAAGAGUUCUGAAUUCAGCUCUUACAAGACAAAACAAGCUCCAAGUCCCUGAAGGUAAAUACUUCCUUGUGGAUUUCAAAUACGCAAACAUUCCAGGCUUCAUUGCUCCAUAUUUAGGCACUCCAUAUGGUUUACUUGAAUACGAAGGCAAAUUCCAACCACAAGAUGCCAAAGAGUUAUUCAAUCAUCGCCACUCACUCUUACAAAACAUGAGUGAAAGAACAUUUGGAGCACUAAAAGAACGAUUUCCUAUUUUAAUGUCAGCUCCUUCUUACCCAUUAACAACACAGGUCAAAUUAGUGGUGGCUGCAUGUGCUUUACACAAUUUCAUCCGUGACAACAAUCCAAAUGACAGCAUCUUUAAGAUGUAUGAACAUGAAGGGUUUUUGGUUCCACAAAUGGAGGAAUCAGUGACAGUGACAACACCUCCACUUGAUUUUGAAAAGCCGGAGGUGAUGGGUGUUGGGAAUGGAAUGGUGGAUUCCGAUGUCCCCUUUGAUGCCCAACAAAUUGAAGAUACGUUGAAAUUGCGUGAUGCUAUUGCUGCUGAGAUAUGGAAUGAUUAUGUUCAUGAUUUUCCAGUCACGUGUGUAUAGCAUGGUUCACCUUGUUUUGGUUUUUAGGUUUUAGAUGUUGCAUAUUUAGAUUUGAUGUAGUGAAAUUGAGGGGAGAAUUGUUAUUGGUCAUUACAGUUACCAUUUUUGAUGCAGAAGAAUAUGAGAUUAAAG